GGGAAGAGAGGGGAGACCGCGGAUGGUGAAGGGUUCACGGGGAAGCUAGGAUACCGGCCGGUCUCUGCUGGGCGAUGACUGACUCACCGAACGGAGCACUUUGAGAUAAUAUGAGGCUUUUUUCUGGUCGGUUAUAGUACUAUGAUUUGGUAUGUGGCCACUUUGAUAGCAAGUGUAUUCAGCAUCCGAGGAGCGGCCGCUCAAGGUGCCCACGGAGUGCGAGAGGAGCCCCAGUUUGUUACGGCACGCGCAGGAGAGAGUGUCAUCUUGGGAUGCGACGUGCCUCACCCCCUGAACGGAAAGCCCUAUGUGGUGGAGUGGUUCAAGUAUGGGAUGCAAAUUCCUUUCUUCAUCAACUUUCGCUUCUACCCUCCUCAUGUGGACCCAGAAUAUGCCGGCCGGGCCACUCUGCAUGGCAAGUCGUCCCUGCAGAUAGAUGGCGUGCGUUCAGACGACCAAGGCUGGUACGAGUGUAAGGUGCUGCUGCUGGAGCAUCAGUUGGACACCUUCCACAACGGCAGCUGGGUGCAUCUAACCGUCAAUGCCCCCCCAACAUUCAAAGACACACCACCUCAGUAUGUGGAGGCCAAGGAAGGGGGGAGCAUCACGUUGACCUGCACGGCGUUCGGCAACCCUAAACCCUCCAUCAGCUGGUUGCGAGAAGGCAGCCUCCUGAUUAGCAGUGCCAAGUACAAGGUGUCUGAUGGGAAUUUGACGGUGCUAUCCAUCACCCGGGAAGAUCGAGGGCCCUACACAUGCCGAGCCUUUAGCCUCCAGGGGGAGGCCGUCCACACAACCAGGCUGCUAGUACAAGGUCCUCCUUUCAUCACGUCCCCACCAGUCAACAUCACGGUGAACAUCUCGCAGGACGCAUUCUUCAGCUGCCGUGCCGAGGCCUAUCCUGGCAACUUGACGUUCACCUGGUUGUGGGAGGAGGACAACGUCUUCUUCAAGAAUGACCUCAAACGGAGAGUCAGUAUUGUCACUGAUGGUUCCCUCAUCAUCAUCCAAGUCAAGCCAGAGGAUAGUGGGAAAUAUACCUGUUCCCCCAGCAACAGCAUGGGCACACCCCCGUCUGCCUCGGCCUACCUGGCCGUCCAAUAUCCUGCCCGUGUGGUAGACAUGCCAUCCGUCAUUUACGCCGCCAUUGGCCUCCCAGGCUUCAUCCGCUGCCCAGUAGAUGCCAACCCCCCUGUAACGCUGGUGAAGUGGAAAAAAGACGGCCUCCCUCUACGGAUAGACAAGUAUCCCGGUUGGAGCCAGAUGGAUGAUGGGAGCAUCCGUAUUGCAGAGGUGACAGAGGACUCUCUUGGCACCUAUACCUGCAUGCCUUACAAUGACCUGGGUUCCAUGGGAUGGUCUCCUCCUGCUCCCCUGGUGCUAAAGGACCCUCCAAAAUUCUCUGUGGUUCCUGGAGGGGAGUACAGGCAGGAGGCUGGUCGGGAACUGGUCAUCCCCUGUGAGGCAGAGGGAGACCCCUUUCCAAAUAUCACAUGGAGGAAGGUAGGGAAGCCCAGUAAAAGCAAGCACAAUGUUCUGCCUCGGGGCAACUUACAGCUGAAGUCGCUCACAAAGGAUGACCAUGGGGAGUGGGAGUGUGUCGCCACCAACGUUGCCACAAGCAUCACUGCCAGCACGCAUGUCCAAGUCAUAGGCACAAGCCCCCACGCCCCCACCAGCAUCCGAGUGGCAGCCUCCUCCACCUGGGCCAACGUGUCCUGGGAGGCGAGCUAUGACGGAGGCUUCCAGCAGACAUUCUCAGUCUGGUAUGGCCAUGUGCUGAAGAGGGAGCGUUUAGGUCCACAUGACUGGGUCUCCAUUCCCGUACCUGGAGGCCAGAACUGGAUGGUGGUGUCGGGCUUGGAGCCAGACACAACUUACCAGUUCAGUGUCCUGGCUCAGAAUAAGCUAGGCACAGGCCCCUUCAGCGAAGUCGUCACUGUGAACACUCUAGUAUUUCCUACAAGUACCCCCGAACCACUGGUGCUGCUUACCCCACCACGGUGCCUCACAGCCAAUCGCACGCAGCAGGGCAUCCUGCUCACCUGGAUCCCACCUGCCAAUCACACAGCACCUAUCCAGCAUUACGUAAUGGAGUUCCGUCUGGGGGAGCGAUGGGAGACCCUGGACGACAGCAUUCCUGCGGGGGAGUUGGAGCUGCUUGCCCGAGACCUUAUCCAG